AUGCCUCGACAGCGGACACAUAGACUUGCUUUGUUCCGUUCUGUAGAAGAUGAAAUCCAAAGAUAUCGACUUACAAGAGCAUCUGCAGAUUCUGACGUAUCUCUUUGGCAAUGCAAGGAGGGUGUUUAUCAGGCACAGUUCUCGACGAAGGCUACUUGGCAGCUUCUCCGAGUACACCGUCCCAUAAUGGAGGAACACAAAGGAAUUUGGUUCCCACAUGCUACCCCCAAAUACGCAUUUAUCACUUGGCUAGUGGUCAAAAACAGGAUUGCAACCGGAGAAAGGAUGCAGCACUGGCACCACUCGGCUAACACAGGUUGUAUUUUCUGUGGUUAUCCCAUGGAAUCCAGAGAACACCUAUUCUUCCAAUGUCCCUAUUCAUCGCAGGUCUGGGAGGCACUAAUGAAGAAGUUUCUCGCUGGAAACUUCACAAACCGCUGGCAAGAAGUCAUGUCACUGCUUAUAGGUUCUGUUUUGGCCAAGAAACGGAGGUUAGUUGUGGGUUAUGUCUUCCAGAAUACGAUACAUUCACUUUGGCGAGAGCGGAAUGAACAGCACCAUGGUGAAACACCUUCCAUGGUUUUGAAGCUUGUCACCUUCAUUGAUAAGAACAUUCGAAACCGCCUGAGCUCAAUCAAGGAUGAUGGCGGUUCUAGCAUCCAGCUAUGGUUUGAAGCAAGAUUCAAUUAA